GAGAGCAACAGCGGACAGCUCUGCCACAGGCAAGCGGUCUGACACGCGAGGAGGAUUCAGGAUCGGAGAAGGGAGAUGGAGCAGAAGGACCUUUGAGAACGUGUUACAGUAUCUUACUGCUUAUUUACUGCAAAGAGGAGUUAAAAGAUUCAAGCAGAGAUAUCUAGAAAACCUGGGUGUUUUUUGCUGUUUGAAGGAGACUUCGUUGCGCUAUUGGAGAUGUCCUGUCCAGGUUGACCGUGUGGCAAACGCAAGACCAGCGCAUUCAGAAGACCCCAACAGCAAAAUUUAGUUGUUCAGCUAGAGACAGGGACUCUCAGAUAAGGAGUACAAGGCCCAAACUGCCUCUGUUCCUCGGCUGCACUUGAGCAGCCCACCGUGUUGCAGGUGUCAUCCUUCAGCCGAGCGGAUUCCUGAUGACUGUCCUCACUUUGCAACUGCAGCUGUCCUGAGGAGCCUGUGACCCUUCAUCCACCAUGUCCAUUGAGUGAGUCCUUACCUUUGUCUUCCAAAUGCACUGCUCUGCAGCCAUGUCUUUAAGAAAGAUGAGUCCUUUCGUACUGGUGAUGGUCAUAGCAGCCCUGCUGGAUACAGUCACCAGCCAGUCCUCCACCCCAGCAUCAACAAAACUUCUAGACAGCAAGAUGGUUACCUUUGAACCAGGUGGUGUUUCCCGGACAACCUCCAGUCCUAAAGGGACUGAUCAGACUGUUGGACAGACAACAGGUCAGUCCCCCAAAUCAGUACGUCUCUCAACAAGUGGAUCAAUUAAAACAAGGGGCACAAAGCCACCAACAGAGAUUAUUCACACAAGUUCUCAGAGGACAACAGUGGGUUCAGAUGUUUUCUUGGCUGGCACAAUACCCGAUAAAAGCAUACUGAGCGCUACCUCCGCUUCAGAAACAUCACAUCCAUAUGCUGGGGAGAGUAACCAUCAGAGCCUUGCAGUGACUGCAUUAGAGAAGGAGACACAUUUUCAGUUCACACCCACACCUCUGCCACCACAGCAGACCACAGUAAGGGCUUCUGACCAGGGGUCAAUCACCAAUCCUAUGGAGAAGUUGGAAAGCAGUGAGCCACCCUCCUCUGCUACACCAGCACCAUCCUAUUCAAUGAUUACCACUGGGGUCAUUUCGGAGGACACCUUAGGGCCAUCAUUUACACCCCAAGCAGAAGUCACAUCUGCUCUACAAAGAGCUGACCAAACCAAGUCCUUUCCUUCUGUCUUAAAUGGUGGAGAUGAUCACACCGAGUCCCAGGGUAUAACACUUCCAAAUGCUGGACUGUCAACUCAAAGUCCGGUUCAAAGUUCACUUGUGCCUGUUGCCAGAGAUAAAAUAGGAACUGGUCAUACUAAAAAACCCACUCUGAGCUCUGAUACCUUCCCACCAGAGGGCACUGUCCGAGCAGAGCCAGGAACAAAUGUAACUUUUUCUGAAGCUUCAUCUGCACUCUCCCCCACUUCAUCACUGCCUCAUGUAGAUCUUACAAUAAAGCCUACCAGAGACAGUGACUUCCUGCAGGUAACUCAAUCAACGGCUACAUUAAAUCCACAGAUCUACGAGGUAACUACAGUGCCUGGUCUCCAGUCAAUGGUGGAAGAGACAAGUUCUGGUAACCUCACAUCUUCAUCUUCAGUGCAGCCCGAGGUUACAGAUAGGGUGCCUUGGGUGUUCAUUCCUGGCACUGUUCAACCAACUGUUGGCAGAACCUCUGAAGCCACAACUUUCACAAAGCUCGAUCCCCUGUUGGAGUCUUCUACUACGACCCAACCAACAUCUGGUGAACCGGAGGUGACAGGGGAUGUAAGGUUUGCUGAAGCCCACACUGCCACCUACUCUGUUAGACUGGCCACCACUCAGACACAGAAUAUGACAACUUUGACUACACAAGCAGAAGCAUGUUCUGAUGGAAAAUUGUGCACCACCGUCCCUCCUGCUGUCAGGAAGAAGCUGACCACGGAGAAGUUAGACACCACAAUGGAGGGGUCUACACCCCAGACAGUGAGGAAAGGGCUGCAGAAGACACUGGGGACAACGGGGAAGACAACUGGGCACCCCUUUACAGGAAUGUCACAGACGCCCCGGUCUUCAACGGUUUCAGUUGGUGGACCUGUCCUCACUACAACGGCUCCCCGGUCUUGGACAGUUUCAACAACUACCCAGGAGCCAACUCACAGCCUCGAUGCCAAGAUGAUACCUCCACUUGAUCGCCUUGUGCCUGGCACUCCUGCUUCUACACCACAUGGUAGGGGUCAUCCUUCAGCCUGGGACCCUUGCUCUGGUGUUUGCAGCCCCCUGCCAAGUUUCAACAGGACCUCGCUCUCCUGGGAUGACCUGAGGCGCACAUUGGCCUUUGCGUGGGAGAUGCAUGUUUAUGGCACUGCGUCCCUGUUUCUGCUUCUCUCACUGUGGUCACUGAUCAACCUCAUCGGGAUGCCCAUUGUGGGGUACCCUAGGUGCACAUGCCUGUGUCUGACCAGUGCUCUUUUAUUAAUCACUGGAGGCUGUCGUGCUGGAUAUUUCCUAACAGAUCCUUAUGGCUCCAAAGAGGUUCUCCGUCGUCCUGCUCAGGUGGGGCUCUAUAACCUGGCCUUUCCUCUGCUCCUUUCUGCUUUUGGAACCCUGUGCUUGCUAGCAUUCAGAAUGGCUCGACUGCACGUGUUACCGGCCAGUCUGCAGCGCCUCCCAGUGGUGGCAGCUGUGGCUGUGCUUCACACUACACUGCUGUUAGCAGCAGAUCUUCUCUUUCUGGCGUUUAACCCUUCAGUUCAAGUUGUUCUGCAGGUGCUCUCAGUAUCUUGGGGGACUUUCCUCAACGCCGGCUACCUAUACUCUUACCCAAGGCUGAAGAGACAAACCAGCCCUUCUCUAGAAGAUGGCUUGCGGGAAGGUGGAUCUGCAGAUGCUCUGGGUUAUAUCCUUGAGAGCUCACAAAGGAGGCAGCUGCUCGUUCUGUCCCGAGUCUUGACAAUCUGUGCCAUUCUGGGCCUUCUCUGCUGUGGCCUGCAGGUUUAUGCAAUUCUGUGGCUAUAUGAUAUCUUGGGCGACUGGCGUCUUUUCACUUGGUCAUGGUGGCUUGUUCAGUUCUGGUAUCGCCUCCUGGAACUGGCAUGGGGCUUCUCGAUGCUUGUGGUGGCAACUUGGGUCUACUGGCGCCAAGGGGAUAAUAGAGGAACAUCAGGGAGUCAUACUUGCUGGGUCAAAAUUGUGCAAAGCCUGUGUAGCCGCAAGCAGCAGGGCAGAAAGUAUGAAAGCAGCAACCAGUCGAACGGGGCGGGAAAUGGAACUCUGGACCUACCAAACAACAGGACCAAUCAAGACCGGACAGGAGUAGAUAUCAGCAAGAAUCUGAUCCGCAACCACCCUGAGAAUGUUCCUCUGAGGACCCUGAAAGAAAACAAUGAAAGCAAAGCCCGGCUCGCCCUUUAUGCGCCGCAGGGGGGUGGCUCCACCAAUUCUCUCUUGUUGCUGAAGCAAAGCGGAAUCAUUGCGGGAAAGAGUCACAACUUGGCCAUGUUGCGGCGCUCACACAGCACUGUGUGUUUUGAGAAAGAAUCGGUCCUUUCCUUGACCGACUUCGAUCUGCGACCCCCGUCCCCCAUCGACCUGAGCCGCAGCAUAGAUGAAGCCUUGUAUAAAGAGCACCUUGUCAAGGACAGUAUCUUUAGCCAAUCUGGAUUCCUGACACACCACCUUGAUGCUGACAAUUCAGAAUCUUCUUUUCAAGAAGUGUGUCCCAAUCAGAAUGAUGGAAUAUCCCAAUCAGUCUACAGGCGGAGGAGCAGCGAUCCCAAUUAUCUCUACAGCCUCACCAAGUGCAGCUCACUGGCAGAGCUUAACACAGCUUGUGGACAAGAGGAGAAGACAAAUGGCGGUGUUGGUGGCAAUGCAGUAGAGGACAGAAAUAAAAGCCUGAGCUACAAAACAUCACCACCAGUGAUUAUUGGAAACUCGCCUGCUUCACCUAACAAGAUGUCACCAGUUGCCAAAGGGAAAUCCCCAACUUCAGGCCGUGAUGUUUCAGUGCAAAGUUCAAGCAGACUGGGGACAGAGCCUUCGGAGUACUCCUUAAACAGCAGCUUUUCAGGCUUGUCUGUCCCCAUCAGCUUUCCUCUGCUCAGAGGCCAGGGACUCUCGCCCACAGAGACAGAAGCCGACUUGAGUGAGCCUUUCCUGCGUGAGGACUGCCUGCAGGACAGAGAAGAGUUGUGUGACCCUGAUUCAGAAGCAAGGCAAACUUUUUUAGAAAUAAGCCGGCAGAUUGAUUCAGUGAGCAUUAUCAGCGACACCAUUGACCUGUGAAUGCCUUGCCAGUGGUGGCCAUACAGUGACUGCCUGAUAAGUUGCCAUCAAUACUUUAUACGAAACGUUAGUAAGAUGCCAGCUUAUUUCUCUGACAAUCACAGAUGUCCAACACCAUGGACCAAUGGGCAGCUAGAAAGCAUUACCCAGAAGGCUUCAGAAUGCAUGGAGGUUCACCCCAGGUUCUGUCAGUGUCUCGGAAGAAGUCAGAGGGCCGUGUUACACCUGGUCAGCCCGUUGCACAUUCCAAGUUUCCUGAUCCUGACUGUUAAAGUCACAGUGUGUUUGUUUUUUUGAGUUCCAGUGGAAAACAACAGGGUAUCAUUGUACCUGUCAUCUUGUCAGCUCCUCUUUAUUGAAACUUGAAGGAUUAAAAUUCACUCAAAAAAUAACAGCUGUGAUUGAAGGAAUAAACGGAAACAUAAACACAGCCGUCAUAAAAGUAGACGCAGCUCAUUAAGAUAUAAAGAGUCCAAUAUCCUAAAGGCGUCAAGGGAAAGAGUGGACUUUGAAAAUGUCAGAUAUAGAGAUUUGGUCAAUUGGAAUAAAGAUCACAAACAAAGGUACCCAAAAAGUAUAGGAAUAAAGCGGUAGACAACCAAGGUAACAUCAAAUAUGAAGGCAUAAAUAUGUGGGCAACCGUGUACAGCUGGUUUGGAGAACAGAACACUUGAAGUUUUAUUUUACUUACAUUGUUGAAUCGUAAACCAUAAUGCAUUGCAAUUGCUGUCCUUUGGGUGUUUCUCAGCAGUCUCUUGAAGUGAAUCUCGAUUUCCGUUUCCAGUGCAGUUGCUUAGACCUGCUGUCCUUUUCAUUAUUAAACUGCUGCUACGCCGAGGUACACCUGUAAGACCUGAAAGACAUCAACUGACAAAGAACUAAGAUGAGCUCCGGUUUUGGGGUAAUGCAACGGGAAAAACCAAUUAUCAUUCUGGCGGCUCUUCACAGACUUCUUUGGGAGACUGGAAGUCACAUAUGAGGACUGCCAGUGGUUGUGCAAUACAGAUUUCACUGAUGAUUCCACUUAGAUCUUUUUUUCUUAAGCAUUUAUCCAAAAGAACAAGCUGAAGCCACCAAGGGGGUGCAUGUGCGGUUCACCUACUGAGGUGAUGGUGCUGCACUGCCUCAAGUUGUCUUAAGGUCUUGAGCAGCUCUAUCAUGGCUCUAAACCUAACAUUGUGUGGCUUGGGUAAGUAGUAUUGUAAAAAUGAAAUUGGAGAAGAGCUACAAAUUGGGAAGUAGCCUCACAAGACUAAGUCACAGUGUGCCCAAGUCUGAAAGUCCUCGACCUGAUCUUACUAUAUAGCCAUUGCUCCUAAACAUUUAACCAGUGCAGCAACCAUUCAGCUAUAAACCUACAGACUGUGUGCUUCUAAUGUUCUUUUCUGCGUAAUCACAAUACCUGAAAUUAUUGGUCUGUAUUACAAUCACCGCCUAUUUAGAAAGAGAGACUUGCGUGCUUGUUUUUAACUAAAUGAACAAAUGACUAGAUCAUCGAUUUAUUCCGAGCACAAUCGACACUUAGUUAUGAAUGAAUCCUUUUCAGUUUUGCUCCAUGGCAGCUGCAUAUCAAAAGCAGUCUAUGGGUUUGAGUUGCGAUUACCAGUUCACCAGACUCAUGCAGUUUCUUCACUGAUUAAGGGCAAAGCUGAGUUCAAAUACCCAUUGGAUGGAGAUUUACAUUUUAAAUACCGUAUAUACUCGCGGAUAAGUUCUCCCGCGUAUAAGUCGGGGCUUGAUUUUACAG